GUCCUCCACCCAGCAGCUGUCUCUCCCCAGGCCUCUCGCCCCCCUGGGUGGCUGCCAUGGGCCGGAAGAGGAGGCUCAUCACCGACUCCUUCCCCAGAGUGAAGAGGAGGAGGAAGGGCGGGCCGGGUCCUGGCAAGGGGGACGAGGCGCCCGAGCCAGGGCUGCGAGGUGGGGGCGAGGGCCAGGACGGGACACCGGGCAGCAGAGAGGAGGAGCCAGGGGAGGAGGCCCGUGAAGCCCAGAAGGACAAAAGCCACUUAGAGAUACUGAGGCAAUUUGACCUGGACUCGCAUUUUGGGCCCUGUACAGGUAUCACUCGACUCCAAAGAUGGGAACGAGCAGAGCUUCUGGGCCUGGAGCCUCCCCAGGAGGUGCUCAAGGUGCUUUGGGCCCACCCUGAAGAUGCCCAGUACCAGUGCAGCCUCUGGUACCUGUACCCCAUCUAAAGGAAGCCCUUCUGAAGUCCCGCCCAGUGCAUCCCCGCUGCUUUCCCGGGGCCUCUGGAAUGGACAGGGGACCCCACUGCUGUUUCUUCAAUCAACCCCAUGCUGGAGGGGCCUUGGGGAGGGGAGGGGCUGGGAAGACUCUUCCAGAGGACAGGAUUAAACCAGAGCCCCAGGACUCCAGGUUCGGACUGCCAUGCCCCAGUGCUAUGCCCCAGUGGCUCCCGAAAGCAGGCAGUCUCAGCCAGGCAGCCCAGUGGGGCUCAUCAGAAGGGGUGGCUUCCUGUCCCCCCUGUACUUCCCUG